AUGUUUUCGAGCUUCUUUGGCGGAAGCAGCAGCAACGCCAACGCCAACGCCAGCGCCAGUGCGACCACUAGUGCUAGUGCUAGUGCUAGUGCUAGUGGGAAUGGCAGUGGGAGUGGGAGUGGGAGUGCUGGUGUAGUGGGACUUGCUGCUGCUGCUGGCGGUAGCGGUAGUAGCGUGGCGGCCACACUCCCAGCCACAGGAACGCCGGCCGCCACUGGCACUGGCACUGGCACUGGCACUGGCACGCCAUCAGCACUGUCAUUGUCAUCGGGUGCUGCUGCUGCUGCGAGUGGCGCUGGAGUCGCGGCGGAAUCGUCGCCCUUCCCCAUCGCAGCAGCUCCCAGCACGGCGACCUCGACGCCCGCUGCUGCAUCGACCGCCGCCGCCGCUGCUGCUCCACUCACCGCCACUCUGACACCACCAGCACCAGCACCAGCAACAGCAGCAACAACGACAGCAACGACGCUUGUGUCAGCGGCAGACGCGCUGCCCAGCAGUAGGAACGCAAGCGCAUCAGCCGAGACUGCUUCGUCUGCCGCCGCCGAACAGCCCCAGCCGCCGUCAUCACAACCCCAGUCACAGUCACAGUCACAGGGACAGGGACAGGGACAGCGAACGCCGGCAGUCGUCUCCGUGUCGCGGUCGUCGUCACACUCGUCGCUGGGCGCUCUAUUGCGCUCGUUCGUCGGCCCGUCAUCGUCAUCCUCGUCCGCGGCCUCGUCCAACCACCACCACCACCACCACCACGGACAGCAGACUGCACAACAUCAACAGCAACAACCACAUCAGACUCAUCAUCAUCAUCAGGCACAGGCUUCAGGGCCGCAGGGCUACCAGCCGCUGUCGACGUCGAGCUCGGGCGCUUCUCUCCAAGCCUCUGCCUCGACGUCGUCGUCCUCGUCCUCGUCGUCCACGGGCGCGUCAGACCAACUCACGACGCUCGUAGUGUCCAUGUCAGCCGUCAUGACCACCUCGCCGUCGUCCAGCCAGACUGUUGCAGCGUCGUCGUCCCAAGGAAGUGCUCGAACCGCUCCUGGCCCGCUCGUCUUCACACCUGCUGCUGCUGCUGCUGUUGCGGGAUCUAGCACAGCACCAUAUGCUAGUGGCAAUGCAACGGCAAGCCCCGGUGGCCUGGUAUCUACUCCUGGCUCUGCGGGCUCCGCUGGCACCCUGAUCGCCUCCUCAGAGCCACGAGCAACAGGUUUUGCACCGGGAAACCGUCCAAACAACUUGUUCACGCACUCCCGCCACAGCAGCUCUGGUAGCAACAAUGUGGUGCUGAUUCCAGCUUCCCCGUUUUCCACGCUUGCCGAGGAGCCAGCCUUUGGGCUGUACGCUCAGCCAACUCAGCAACAACAACAACAACAGUCCGCUCAAGAGUUCUCCUCAUCCACUGGAUUUGGUGAUUCCGCGCUGUCCUUGUCUUCCAGCUCGCUUUCGUCGCUCGUCUCGAACAGCGACUUGCCAUCGUCGAUCGCUGGGUUGGCAGCCCCUGUGGCGUCCAACUUUUCCAAUAGCGCAAGCAGCGCGAGUGCUGGCGGCUCCAAGUCGUCGUGGCUCUUGCGUCUCUUCCGCUCCGAAUUCUUUGACACGUUCUUGGCCAUUUCAUACUUGCACAAGUACCCUGAUGCGGGUGUUCAGGACUAUCUUUGCAACGAACUCUUUCGUCUCCCACCACGGCAGGUCGAAUUCUACAUUACGCAGCUCUUGCACAUGUACAUCCGACGGCCCAACGAGUCAGAUGCAGUGGAGCACUUUAUCCUUGCUCGCUGUGCGACAAGCGCCUACUUUGCCCUGCUCGCCGUUUGGCAACUGGAUUCGUCCAUGCAGGACGGCAUGUCCUCCUCCCGCCACGCACGCUGUCUGCGUCUGCGAAACAAGAUCUUGGGUAUUCGUGUCAAGAUGCCCACCCAGCGCGUGCUCCAAGCACAACUGGCUCACGCUGCCAACGAGUACAUGUACGAGCAGCACCACCACCAACAGCAACAGCAACAGCAACAGCAACAGCAACAACAACUCGCUAAUUCCUCCUCUGGCGCAUCCACCUCCUCGUACCAACACCAAUCUCGGCAAGGGCUCGAGCAGAGCGACAGCUCGAGUGAUUUGGAGCGCGAUUUGAGCCGAGACAACAUGGACACGGCCGAAGAUCCCGCAGACGACGUGCUCCUGCAAAUGCAGUCCGACCAGCAACUUUCGGCUGCGCUGCGUCAGCAUCCCCCAGUCUCUAGCUCUCGCUCUCACUCGAGCGCGUCCAUUCUGUCCUCCAUCUCGGCCUCUGGCGGCUCCUCCUCGCGCGAUGCCUCGUCCACGACAGCACCCUUCAGUGACUCUGUGCAGCCGUCUGUUAGCUACUAUCGUGGUCUGGCUUCCCAGCCCGUUCCUGGUGGUGCCGGUCUUGUUGGCUCAACGCUCGGUCAGUAUUCAUCCACCGUGUUUGCCAAGCACCGACGAACCCAAUCCGAUCUCCCAACCCUGCCCAGCAACUCGUUGUCCUCCGACCAGCCACACUCCAGCAACCCAGCCAUGCAUGAGACAGCCACGCGCAGCAGGUCUGGAAUUGAACUCCUCAAGGGCGCGCCACCACAAUCAUCCGCGACGAAACAGUCUCAGCCACAUCAACAACAACAACAACAACAACAACAACAACAACAACAGCAACAGCAACAACAAUCGCCCAACCACCUGCUUGGAGCCGCUUCCUUGCUCGGCGCUUCUCCCUCGGGCUCGUCGAGCAACCUUCAACUCCUGGGCUCCCAGCAGCCUCAACAACAAAUGUCGCAUAGUCUGCACCGCCGCGUUUACUCGUCGGUGUCGACGAGCUCGGCUUCCGUGACGUCCACACCGUUCGUGUUUCCGACUCAAUCGGCGUCUCCGCCCGUUGCAUUCCCGCACAGUGCCUCCGCGACGUUUGCCCCAAACACGCCGUCGGAAGCCGUGCAAGCAGCAUUUGCCGCGCGCUCCAUGAGCACGACGCAGUUUGCCAUGCACGAUGGCGACUUUAUGGCGCCCAACAUUUCCAGCGGCCACGCUUUCGAUUUUCCCGUCGGUCUGUUCAACACACGAUCGACCUCGUCCACCUCUCUUAGCAGUGUGGCGAACGGCGGCGGAAGCGCUGCAGCUCUGCACCAACAUCCGUCGCAGCUGCUCCAGCACGUCCGCUCGCCCGCCGACUCCUUUGACGAGACGUAUGCCAGCAACUCUGGCUCGCCUCCUGAUGAAGAACCCAUGGAUGUUCUUUUGCACCAUGUGCUCGCUGGGCAAAUGAACUUCAUGAAGGCAUUGAUUGAGAUUGGAUCGCGCUUGGCCCUGCUGCGCUCGCAAGAAAUGCGCAAAACGCAGCUGUUUGCCGAACUCGCCUUGCUCAAUCACAACUUGCCUGCGCGCGUCUUUUUGCCUAUCGUGGAGAACAUGAAUCACCAUGUUGUGCGAAUUCCACCGGAAGAGGCUGUGACCCUCAACUCCAAGGCCAAGGUUCCGUAUCUCAUCCACGUCGAAGUGUUGGAAUGUGUUGACAUGCUUGUCGACCCAGUGCAUCGCAAGCUUGUUGAGCCCACGUCCUCGCGUCGCUCCAAAAUCCUCAUUGACGAUGCGGUCAGCACCUUCACUUCUGAUUCUGGAAUCUCAUCCACUGGUUCUACUUACAAUGACAGCCAACUUCCGGCAUUCAUGCCGACCAGCGGCGCUGCUUCACCUUCGUCACUCUCGCGCGGUGGCCCGUCUCCCUACCCGGCCAGUGGUCGCUCUUUGUCAUUGGCCGGUGUGCAGAUUGGAACUGUCGGAGCGGGUGGCGUUGUUUUCUCCCUUCACAGUGAUGGUAUGGUGCCCCAGCUUUCAUCAUUGCAACAACAGCAGCAGUCGCAGUCACAACACGCGCAGCAUCAACAGCAGCAUCAACAGCAACAACAACAACAACAGCUCUUCCAACCAGCACAACACCUCAAUGUCUCGGCAGCGAAAGCGGUUCCCGCCGGCAAGUCCCAACCAUCGCCGCCGACUUCGGCCCCUGUGGUGCAGGCACGCAUGUCUGCAUCGUCUCGUUCUGAGUCGCCCACUUUCCGAUCCCCGAGUCUGCCUGCAAACACCCCCUCUCAUCCCGCUCACGCCAGUCCGAGCAACGUGCUGCUCAACAGCCGCGGCGUGGCGUUUGAUAUUGGCAGCAUUGAUUCCAACGACGACAUGCUGACCGAGGACGUGGAUUCGUGCUCGAUCGCGUCGAUGGAGGAAGAGUAUCGCACGCCUCGCCGCUCUCUGCGUGCGGGCAGUGUCGUUAGCAGCUCGAGCACGUCCAGCGACCCUCUCGUUGCGACGCUCAUGCAAAACCACGUCAGCAGCUUUGGCAGUGGCGACCAGUAUGCGCAAGCGCAUCCUUCUGCGAUCGGCGGCCCUUCGAUUCAGCCACUUUCUCUGCUUCCACUUUCCACGCGACAGCAAGAACUGUUGGCUGCAACGUCUGAAAAUCAAGCCGUCUCGAAUUUGAACCUGCCUUUGCCCGAGGCGUUGAUCACCAAAACCCCCGACGGCAAAUCGAAAGCCAAGGACGCAGCAUCUUGCGCCAAGCCCGAGGACGGUGCCGCGGAAACCCCUGCUUCACCUUCGACCAGCCUCAGCGCCCCGAACUCAGCGACUGGUUUGCAGCUGAAUAAUGCUGCUGUAGUCACACCGGGUGCACCUGGUUUGCCAGCAACAUUCUCAACAAACCUUCCUGUCGAAGUCAGCGCUUCCUCAUCCAGCUCCCUGUCGCCCACUUCCUCCGGCUCAACCCUGGAGCUGCCUCUUUCGCCCAACUCCAAGAGCUCUGGGCGCUCCGGGUCGAUGGACCAAAAGUCAAGGUCGCAAACCAAGCAACAAGCCGCGGCCGCGGCCGCUGCAGUUGCCGCGUCCACCAUUCCGACGGCCGACCAAGUUCACGCAGACUCGCUGCUGUUCGACGAUCACGUCGCCACUGUCCGCCCGUCGUUUUUCCAGGCUCGGGACAUUCGCAACCGGCUUGAGGAGGCCUUCAACAGCCCUUCCGCCCGCUUCCACGCCUCUGCUGACGAUCCUUCUGCGGCAGCGUUCAAGGAACCAUGGGCUGACAAGGUCGAGCGAAUUCGUCGCUCCUCGCCGUACGGGCACCUGCUCACCUGGCACGUCUACUCUUGCAUUGUGAAGAGUGGCGAUGAUUUGCGUCAAGAGCUGCUUGCUUGUCAGCUCAUUUCUCAGUUCAAGAAUAUUUGGCAAGAAGAGCGGUUGCCUCUGUGGCUGCACCCUGUGCGAAUUCUUGUCACAUCGAACGAGAGCGGCUUGAUUGAAACCGUGCCGAACGCAAUUUCCCUUCAUUCCAUCAAGAAAAAUACUGGCAUCUACUUGCUUCAGUAUUUCCGACAGGAGUUUGGCGAGCUCACCUCUGAAUCCUUCCUGAACGCGCGGCGCAACUUUGUCGAGUCAUUGGCGGCAUACUCGUUGAUUUGCUACUUUUUGCAAAUCAAGGACCGCCACAACGGCAACAUUCUGCUGGAUGCCGAUGGUCAUUUGCUGCACAUUGAUUUUGGCUUCUUCCUGUCCAACUCGCCGCGCAAUCUCGGGUUUGAGACGGCCGCGUUCAAGCUCACGCACGAGUUUGUGGACGUCAUGGGAGGAUUGCACAGCGACAUGUACCAGUACUUUAAGAUUCUCAUGCUGAAGGGCUUUAUCGCUGCUCGCAAGCACAUGGACAAGAUUUCCAUGAUUGUUGAAAUUAUGCAAAAAGGCUCGCGCCUUCCAUGCUUUGUGGCACGUGAAGAGACAGUCCGCAGCUUGCGUGAUCGCUUCCACAUGUCGUUGACCGAGGAACAAAUCAUUGUUCUGGUCAACAACAUGAUUGAUUCGAGCAUGUCGAGUCUUUCCACCCGGCUGUACGACAACUACCAGUAUAUUACGAAUGGCAUUCUUUAAGGUUUUCUCCUUUGAGACGUAUGUCCGUUCUUUUCAGACCCAUCAUCAGAUCGUUUUGGAACCAUCGAUUUUUUUUUUCUUUCGGUUUUGGUUUUCUUCUUGUCGCGUGCCCCCACCACCACCACCACCUCGUUUUUUUUGUUCGUGCUCGAUCGUUGUGCGCUUUUUCUUGUUGUUCUAAUAUAGCUUAU